AUGUCAAAAAGUCUAUGUGCCCGAGAAGAGACUCCACUGGCUGAUUAUUUUUGUGGACGUGGUUCGAUUCAUCGUGAAUGCCCAUCAACACACGAUUGCACGAUUGCACUGAACGAUGCUUAUGGUGUCUGUAGUCCCAGUAAUGUACAACCACCUGAACGAAAUUCUAAUAAACCAGGACUUUGUCCAUCAUCAUCAGGUGAAAGAGCCGUUUGUUUUGCUCGAUGUAAUGAUGACAGUGAAUGUGAAAGUGAAGGUGAACAAAAAUGUUGUGGCGGAUGUCGACGUCAAUAUGUAGAUCCUAUUUUUAUAUAA